UUCUCCACCUGCAGGCGUGGCAGUCUGAAGCGGCUGUGAGCUCACAGUUGUCGCUGUGCGGUGGAGGCGUUUUUCUCCCCACACUGUGCGCAACCAACCGCAAGAAAUGGAUGUGUUUCUAAUGAUCCGACGUCACAAGACGACCAUCUUCACUGAUGCCAAAGAGUCGACCACAGUCUAUGAACUGAAGCGCAUUGUGGAAGGCAUUUUAAAGAGGCCCCCUGAAGAUCAGAAACUUUACAAGGAUGACGUGAUGCUUAAUGAUGGGCAAACUCUUGGAAAUUGUGGCUUUACAAAUCAAACAGCUCGACCUCAGGCCCCAGCCACGGUGGGGUUAGCUUUCCGUCUGAGUGAUGAUUCAUACGAGCAGCUGAGGGUCGAGUCUUUCUCCACUCCCCCAGAGCUCCCUGACGUCAUGAAGCCCCAGGACUCGGGCAGCACAACCAACGAGCAGUCUGUACAGUGAGGGAGGGGUCGGGGAAACAAGAGGGCUGCACAGGGGGUCUGAGGGAGGAUGCACGGGGGGAGGGAGGGGUUGGAUUUUGUGAUGCCCCCGCGGGUGAGUUUUACCUUGCCGUCGACAGAUCUUCAGCUGGGCACAAACUAUUAUGAACAAGGAUUCCCCUUGUUGUAAAUGUGAGGGCGGGUGCUUCAAAGUGGUUCAUUUGGCCUGAAAUCGGUGAACGCAUGCUAGAUAAAUUGAUAAUUUCACACAAGACCCUUCGGAGAUACCUGACGGACUUGUCAUGACACUGUCGGUCAUCCAUGGGAUUGGUAAUGGCUGAACAUAAAAAGUUGUACCUCGUAUUUAAUAAAUUCUACUCUUUAUUUGGGGUAAGGUUAUUGCUACCUUACUUGUGUUUUUUAUUUUGCUGGCUUAAAGUUGGGAGUUGAUAAGGUGGGACAUUUUUAGGCUUUUAUGUUUGUUUCUUUAUUAAACUAUUUCUAGGAUUGAACAUGUUUUUUGGUCUUUGGCCUGGAUAUGUGUUGCGACAAUAGCUCGGUUUGUGAAUUUCUAUGUUACUGUUUUUCCAAAACCUUUGAACAAUAUGGAUCUGAGAUAAAACCGAUUGACUUGUUGGCAGGAGAUCAGGCAUUACGAUGAAUAUUUCUUUGUAUAUUUCCUUAUCAGUAGUUGUAGUUUUCCUACUGUAGCUGCUCACAGACGUUACUGAGACUGAGUGCACUCAGUCGUGGGUUUCUACAACACAUGUAAUGCUGGCGUGGACCUGGUGUUGAAAAGGCAGAGCAGCAAUCAAAAAUGAAUUGAUAGUAAUUAUUUUUUACCUUACUAACAAAGGUCGGGACUAACCAAUUUUCCUCUCCAAUGUUUGAUUGUAGCCGAUGACAUCUUGGAGAUGCUCUGACUUGAAGCAGUGUGGCUAAUUGUUCGUAGGAAAGCGUUUAAAGUUAAACGGGUAGCGAUGUGAUGAGAUGUCCCAGAAUCACUGCCCAUUUAGGUUUAGUUCAUGCUGCAACUUGUGUUGUAUUAUACCCCAUUAAUACCGUCAUACACUUUUUUCCCCUAAAAUAUAAAUGGGAUUUAGAAAUACACUCCUCUUCACUUCAAAUCAAAGUACAACACUGGGUCUCAUGAUCUAGAAAAACUACAAUUAAAAAAGAAACUGAAACCCUCCAUUAGUUACAAAGGGGAAGUAUAUUUAGAACUGGGGUUGUUGAAUGAAAUUAUUGACUUUAACAUUUGCAAAUUGAGGCUGUUAAACAGUGGGACAUGAUCAAAGUUGCACUUGUAACUGAUUUAACAUUAAACAACUGUUUUUCA